GAUUUACUGAAACUGGUAUCAAUAGUAGAUAAAUAACAUUAUUAUGAUAAGGAGCAAUAAAACAUUGAAUGUAGCCGCCAGAACGAAUCUUGUGUAACCGGAAUUCAGUAGUUAGUUAUUAAUGUUUUGGUUUUAAAGGUCUGGGCAGUUAUUAAUUAAAUGAAAUUAAAUAAAUUAAUAGUCGUCCGUUAAAUGACGAAAUUAUCGCUUGCCACUGAAGUGAUGUGUACUUUGACUUUACUAUUGAUUUUAUAUCAUUGAAGUCAAUAAAAUCACUAAAACAAUUGAGUAAUUUGAAGCGGACUGAUGUCAUUAUUGUUGUGUUGUAUACGACAAAGGAAAAGGUAUGCAAUAUAUUGCGGCGUUGGAUGUGGGAACAACAACAGUCCGUUGUUUUGUUCUGAAUGAAAACUGUGAAAUUAAAGGCUCAUCAGUACAACUGGUCGAAUUGUUGAAUCCAAAACCGGGUUAUUUUGAAAUUGAGCCUGAAGCGUUAUGGAGUAAAAUUGUUGCGGUCAUAGAAGAUGCUGUUAAAGUUGCGCAGAUAAGACCAGAUCAGCUAUCAUGCUUUGGUAUUUCCUCACAACGCUGCACAUUCCUGACAUGGAAUCAUUUAACUCAAGAAUACUAUCAAAAUUUUAUAACAUGGAAAGAUUUGCGAGCCGAUUUCAUGGUAGAUGAAUGGAAUGGCAGUUAUACUCUGAAAGCACUUAAGGGUUUUUCCUACGUUUUAUAUCUAUUGACACGUAGUAGUCGCUUCUUGGCUGGAAGUUUUUUAAAAAUGAUGAACGGGCAAGUUACACUUCGUUUAUUACAUGAAAUACAACGAAAUGAUCGUUUAAGGGCAAAAAUUAAGCUAAAAAAAGCUCGUAUCGAGCUUUUAGAUUCAUGGAUAUUAUAUAAACUAAGAUCAGGAAAUGGCAAAGAACCUAACAUUGAGCACAUAUCAGAUAUUACAUCUUGUACUGCCACCGGCUUAUUUGAUCCCUUUAUAUUGAAUUGGUCGCCUAUUAUGAAACUAAUUUUUGGCAUAGAGAGCACAUUGCUGCCAAAAUUUGUGAAUAACGCUUAUAAAAGCCUAGGUUUUGUACACCCGGCUUGUUUUACGACUGUGGAUUGGCAAAAUACCCAUAUACCCAUUACUUCAUCAAUAAGCGACCAGACUGCCGCCAUUUUCGGCAAUCAGUGCUUUAGUAAAGACGAUGUUAAGAUUACUAUGGGUACAGGAGCAUUUUUAAAUCUUAUUACUGGCACAAACUGCCAGGCUUCUUUAAAAGGCAUGUAUCCAUUGGUAGCUUGGCAAUUUAAAAACCAAACUGUCUAUUGUGUUGAAGGAGCGGUACACGAUAUCGGUACCAUUAUUUCUUGGGGUAAACAUUGCGGCUUGUACACUGAUCCCAUAGAAACGUCUAGCAUAGCGGAGUCAGUAAAAGAUAGCGAUGGAGUUUUCUUUAUACCCGCAUUUAGUGGUUUAGGAGCUCCGUUGAAUGAUCAUAAAGCCGCGUCCGGUUUUAUAGGCAUUAAACCCUCCACAAACCGAUGUCAUCUAGUUCGUGCCUUACUGGAAAGUAUUGUAUUCCGUUUGGUAUUGUUAUGUGAAACUGCGGAACAAGAGAGUAAGCGACAGAUAAAAGUAUUAAGGGUAGAUGGUGGCGUUUCACGUAACAGUUUCAUAUGCCAAUUUUUGGCCAAUGCUACUGGAAAACAAGUAGAACGUCCUCAAUGUCCUGAAAGCAGCAUUAUGGGUGUUUGUUUUGCGGCAGGAUUCAAUUAUGGCUUAUGGAAAACUUUAAGCGAAAUAAGAAAAUUCCGUAAAAUAGAUCGUUUAUUUGACCCAUGCGUGGAAGAAUAUGAAGCGAAUAGGAAGCUUUUAAAUAAAUGGUUAAAAGCCGUUGAACGUUUUGGAAACUGGUAUUAAGUAAAUUUCAAAAAUUUUAAUUUAAAAGAAAAACGCAUUGAACAUUUGAAAAACAGCAAGCAAUAAUAUA